CAAGGGAUGAGCGGCGGCAGCCACAGCCACCAGCCGCCUACGCUGCAUCAGUGUCGUCGUGUGCCAAGCCCACUCUUUUUCGGCCCGAUGGAUUUCGCCGCGCCAAAUCGUUUUGCAAACUCCUUCGUAUCGGUCAUGUAAAAGUGGGCUGCAAUGGAGCUGUGGCUCACCGUAUCGUGGCUGGUGUUGGGCGGAUUGAGUCCCCCAUGUUGGGCGAACCCGGACGCCAAGCGCCUUUACGACGACCUCCUCUCCAACUACAACCGGCUCAUCAGGCCGGUCGGCAACAACUCCGAUCGGCUCACCGUCAAAAUGGGCUUGCGGCUCUCGCAGCUCAUCGACGUGAACUUAAAAAAUCAAAUAAUGACAACGAAUGUGUGGGUAGAACAGGAAUGGAACGACUACAAACUAAAAUGGAAUCCGGACGACUACGGUGGUGUGGAAAUUCUGCACGUACCCUCCGAACAUAUUUGGCUUCCCGACAUUGUUUUAUAUAAUAACGCUGAUGGUAACUACGAGGUGACAAUAAUGACCAAGGCGAUUCUACAUCACACUGGCAAAGUGGUAUGGAAACCCCCGGCGAUCUACAAAUCCUUUUGCGAGAUCGAUGUCGAGUAUUUUCCAUUCGACGAGCAAACAUGUUUCAUGAAGUUUGGAUCUUGGACUUAUGAUGGAUACUUGGUGGAUCUGAGACACCUGUCGCAGGUCCAAGACUCAAACAAGAUCGACAUGGGAAUCGACUUGCAGGACUACUACAUAUCAGUCGAAUGGGACAUAAUGCGGGUGCCCGCGGUGCGCAACGAAAAGUUCUACAGCUGCUGCGAGGAGCCAUACCCCGACAUCAUCUUCAACAUAACGCUCCGCCGAAAAACUCUCUUCUACACGGUCAACCUGAUCAUCCCUUGCGUGGGAAUAUCCUUCCUCUCCAUCCUCGUCUUCUACCUCCCUUCGGAUUCCGGAGAGAAGGUGUCGUUGUCCAUCUCGAUCCUCCUCUCGUUGACCGUGUUCUUCCUCCUCCUCGUGGAGAUCAUCCCGCCCACCUCCCUCACAGUGCCUCUGCUGGGAAAAUAUCUCCUGUUCACCAUGCUGCUGUGCACGUUAUCGGUAGUGAUCACCAUCAUAGUGCUGAACGUGAACUUUCGCUCGCCCGUCACGCACAAGCUGGCGCCGUGGGUUCGCGGGCUGUUCAUCGAGUUUUUGCCGAAAUUUUUGUUCAUCUCGAGGCCCAAGAAAGACGAGGACGACAAGGGUCAGGACAGCAUGCUCACCGACGUUAUUCAAGUGCCCAUGCUGGACACAUUCAAGCCACUCGACAAGGCUUCCUUCGACAGUUUCGACCUAGGUCUUCCAUCGGCGCGUUUCGAAAUACCCGGCUCGUGUUUCGGCGAGCCGCCGUUUCCGCCGUUACCGCCGCUCACCGGCGGCGACGAGGAGCUCUACAGCCCCGCCAGCUGCCGGACGAACACAUUCGACGACGCCAGCCCCUCCUUCGACAAGGUCGAGCUCCAGGACAUGGAGAAAACGAUCGCCGACUCGAGGUUCAUUGCUCAACACGUUAGGAAUAAAGACGCAUUCGAAAAUGUGGAAGAAGAUUGGAAGUACGUAGCGAUGGUGAUGGACCGGCUGUUCCUGUGGAUAUUCACAUUGGCGUGCGUGGUGGGCACGGGGAUGAUUAUUUUAAACGCGCCAUCUCUGUACGAUACCACCAAACCGAUCGACGUUCUCAUUUCGAAAGUGGCCAAGAAGAAGAUGGCGCUGCUGAAAAUGGUGCCCGAAGAAUUGUAAAAUACUAUUAUGUACUUAUAUAAGCGGGAAAGUGUGUUGCUACGCCACUCAAGACUCAGUUAACGAUGAUAAUCACUAACAUAGU